UGAAUUCGUGUAGCCAAGAAAUCUUGAGUGGGAGUUGUCGGACCCAUUUGUUGUGCGUUCAGUCCGUCGAUUUGCACCGAUCAACGAGCCAGCCGCAGCUAUGCCCGGAAUAGAAAAGCUGCCAAUAGAGGAGACGCUGGAGGACAGCCCGCAGACUCGCUCUCUGCUGGGAGUGUUUGAGGAGGACACUGCGGCCAUCUCCAACUACUGUACACAGCUGUAUCAGGCCAUGCAGAGGAUUUAUGAUGCACAGAAUGAGCUCAGUGCUGCGACUCACCUGACCUCCAGACUGCUGAAAGAAUACGACAAACAGCGUUUUCCUCUGGGCGGCGAUGACGAGGUGAUGAGCUCGACCCUGCAACAGUUUGCAAAAGUCAUUGAUGAGCUGAGUUCCUGUCACGCUGUUCUGUCCACCCAGCUCGCCGACGCCAUGAUGUUUCCCAUCACUCAGUUUAAAGAGAGAGACCUGAAAGAGAUCCUCACGCUCAAAGAAGUCUUCCAGAUAGCCAGUGAUGAUCACGACAUAGCCAUUAACAGAUACAGCCGCCUGUCCAAGAAGAGAGACAACGACAAGGUGAGGGCGGAGGUGGUGGAGGACGUCUACACCUCUCGCAAGAAGCAGCACCAGACCAUGAUGCACUACUUCUGCUCUCUGAACACACUGCAGUACAAGAAGAAGACGGCUCUGCUGGAGCCGCUGCUGGGCUACAUGCAGGCACAGAUCAGUUUCUUUAAACUGGGCUCAGAGAAUCUCACUCAGCAGUGGGAAGACUUCCUGGGAACUAUAGGCACCAGCGUCCAGAAUGUUCGUCGGGAGAUGGAGGAGGAGGUGGGGCAGAUGCAGCAGACCAUCCAGCAGAUGGAGAGGUCAUGUGACCCACUGUAUGUGCCAUGUGACCCUGACCCCGCCCACUCACCUGUGUGUCGCAGCCUGACCAGGAAGCAGGGCUACCUGCACAUCCGCAAUAAGACGGGCCUGGUGUCGUCGUCAUGGGAGCGUCAGUACUUCUUCACUCAGGGAGGAAACCUGAUGCACCAGGGCCGCGGCGAGGUGGCGGGCGGGCUGGUCACAGACCUCGACAACAGCUCCGUCAUGGCCGUCGACUGUGACGACCGCAGGUUCUGUUUUCAGGUCACUUCCUUCGAUGGGAAAAAAGUUGUGACGCUGCAGGCGGAGAGCAGGAGAGACUGUGAGGAGUGGAUCGCCACCAUCAACAACAUCUCCAAGAGGAUCUACCUGAGUGAAAACGCAGAGGAGCUGGCAGCCAGAGUGAACCAAUCAGCUCUUGAAGCUGUGACGCCAUCACCGUCCUUCCAGCAGAGACAUGAGAGCAUGAGACCAAGCAGUAAAGGGCGUGCGGGCCGAGCGAGCAGUAUCAGCUCUGUGGGGUCCGAGCCGUCACCCGCUCUCUCUGUGCUUUCACUGGACGCGCUGGUCGCCCCGGAAACACCCAUCCAGUUUGACAUCAUUUCCCCCGUCAGCGAGGAGAACUCUGGGCAGAGCAAGACAGCUGCACAGUCCGGCAGAAGGAGUAAUCCAUUUGGAGAGUCGGGAGACAGCACGUCAGAGGACAGUGAAGACUCCAUCCUCCACCAGCUCUUCAUCGUUCGCUUCCUGGGCUCCAUGGAGGUGAGGACCGCCGAGUCAGUGGACGUCAUCUCUGAGACCAUGAGGCAGAUCUUGGCCGCCAGAGCCAUCCACAACAUCUUCAGGAUGACCGAGUCGCACCUGCUCGUCACCUGCGACUGCCUCAAGCUCAUUGAUCCUCAGACACAAGUCACGCGGCUCAGGUUUCCUCUCUCCAGUGUGGUUCAGUGCUCGUCCCAUCAGGACAACAAGAGGCUGUUUGGGUUCGUCCUGCAUUCGGCGGGUGGGCGGGGCGACAGCCGAGCCGUCUGCUACAUCUUCGAGUCCAACAACGAUGGAGAGAAGAUCUGCGACAGCAUCGGUCUGGCCAAGCAGAUAGCCUUCCACUCAGAGCUGGACCGUCAAGCGGUGGAGAAGAAGAAGGAGCAGGACAAGGCCAAAGAGAAGCAGCAGGAGGAGCUCAGCAAGCAAAGACAGAUAGAGAAGGACCUGGAGGAGCAGAGUCGCCUGAUCGCUGCCUCAAGUCGCCCUGCCAACCCGCCCGCCGCUGACGGACAGUUCCUAGUCCUUAGCAACAGCCAAUCAGAGGACAGCGACGCUGGGGAGGAGGGGAAGAAGCGGGGUGAGUCUGAAGCCUAACGACACUCAGAGGAUGCAUGUUUUGCCUCCCAGGCGAGUCCCUGCUGGAAGCGUUGAGACGACAGCUCAGGGAUCAGAGGAGGGGGAACACCACCCACCCGCCCGGGCUGCCUGGGGCCGAUAAACAUGUGCUUCCUCUCUGCUGGACUCUGUUUGAAGCUCACGGUGGAGGCUCUGAGAACGGAGAAUAAACCUAACGCACCCUCACUACAAGAGGAGGAGGCGAGGAAACGUCUCAUCACGGACUUUUAUUCUGUGUGUAAAAACGCUGCUUUUAUACCGACCGCCUCCACUAUCAAGAAAAGACAAAAAAAACAUAUAGAUUAACCUGUAAGUCUCCUUUUUUAUGUUUAUUUUAUAAAAAGAGCUAACAAUGACAGUGGAGGACGUAAAGCAGAGAAGUAUGUGAGGAAUAAUGAACCAGCACCUGAAGAGGACACGGGAGACAACACACCGAUUUGGACGGUUGGAGCGUCGGUUCUCAGCUGAUUCCUCUGUCAGUGUUGUUGGUAAAAAAAAAUGUGUCAAAUGAUAAAAAAGGCGUGUGAGUAGCAAGGAGACUUACUUUGAAGAGGCCGUAUUCUAACUAACAUUACGUGGCUGAUUUGUACCUGCACCUGAAAGGCACAUUGGGAAUUUUUUUUCCGAAUUACUUCUGCGUUCCCUAAAAACACUUCUGCAUUUCCUCUGACCUUUGUCUGCAUAUAAAGAUAAUAUAUGGAGUAACUCCCUCCUCUCAUAUGUUUCCUGAUGUGAUAUUUUGAGGCUCCGGCCAUCACCAUCUUUGCAACUUCUCCUAACUCCAACAAGGAGCACAGAGGCGGCAUCCACCUGUUGCUCAAAGCUGCCACGUUCAUAAUUAUGCAUAACUUCAAGCCUUAAUAUAAUUUAAACUGGUGACAUAUAUAAAAAGAAUCACCUCCUGUACAGUUGUCAUCAACAGGGAAAUUAACUACAGAGACCAAAACAUUUCAGGUUUUUGUACCAGGCUGUAAA